CGGCGCGGGGUCCUGCAGCGCUCGCUCGCGCUCGGGGAGGCUGAGGCGGCAGGAGCGGCAGCAAUGGCGGAUUUCGAUGCUUAUGACGACCGGGCCUAUAGUAGCUUCGGGGGCGGCCGCGGGUCUCGUGGCAGUUCUGCCAUUGGUGCACGUAAACAGAAAGAGCUUCCAACAGAGCCCCCCUUUACAGCAUACGUUGGUAACCUCCCCUUCAACACAGUUCAAGGAGAUAUUGAUGCCAUCUUUGAGAAACUCAGUAUAAGAAGUGUGCGACUAGUCAGAGACAAAGAGACAGAUAAAUUUAAAGGAUUUUGUUAUGUAGAGUUUGAUGAGGUUGAGUCACUUAAAGAAGCUCUGACGUUUGAUGGAGCACUUUUUGGUGAACGGUCGCUCCGAGUGGACAUAGCUGAAGGCAGGAAACAAGACAAAGGUGGCUUCGGUUUCAGAAAAGGUGGCGGUCCAGAUGACAGAGGCAUGGGUGGAGGUCUACGGGAAUCGAGAGGAGGAGGUGGAUGGGAUUCCAGAGAUGACUUCAGUUCUGGUAGUUUCAGAGAUGAUGACUUCCUAGGAGGCAGAGGUAGAACACGUCCUGGAGAUCGACGAGGAGGUGCCCCGCCCAUGGGGGGCACAGGUCGUUUCAGGGAUGGUCCACCAAUGCGUGGGUCUUCUAUGGAUUUCCGAGAGCCAACAGAAGAGGAAAGAGCCCAGAGGCCCAGACUUCAGCUCAAGCCCCGGACAGUUGCUACGCCCCUCAAUCAAGUAGCCAAUCCCAAUUCUGCCAUCUUUGGUGGAGCCAAGCCAAGGGAGGAAAUAGUAAAGGAGCAUGACUGAGGGCACUCGGGGCAAGAGUGGGGGAAACGGGAUUGAGGGAGGGGCUGGGUGGGGGUGGGAGGAAACGCAAGACAGCCCAGAGUGUCUCACUGAGCUCAGAACAUUAACCCCGCAGCCACCAUUCCUACCAUCUGACACUUGUCCUCCUUGAAACCGAAAUGGAAAACAAAACAAAACAAACCAGAGCUUGUGAAUGCAUGUCAGCUGUUAACAAGUGGUUUUUAGCACAUUUUUGGCUUCUCUGUAUGUAGUGCCUGCAUUCUCUUAAGUUCCCCAGCCCCAGACUUCCCUCGUUCCAGGCUCAGGGCUGGCUUCCAGCCAAUAGAGCACCUCUUCCACAGUGGAUUUCUUUAAUCCAAGGUGCUGCUUCACCUUUUUCUUCGUUUCUGACUCUCUUCUUCCCAGACACCUGAGUCAGACUCCAGUUGUUCUCCUCUGCCUUCCACAGUGCUUCUUUGUCCGCGGCAUGUUCAGCCAUCCCCAGUGACCCUCAACUCAAAAGAUCCUGCCCAAGUGAAAAUGUUGCCAAAAAAAAAAAAAAAGCUCCUGCAACACAGAGUUAAGCCACUGGGCACUUUGGAAUAGAUCCAAAAUCUGUUUCUUCCAGGAUAGUUUAAAAUGUAAACUGCAGUAAGAGCAAAGGAUGCCCUCUGCUCUGGGCCCCACUGGCACCGCGCAGGGCUCUGCCUGGAGCAGAAGUUAUAUGUCUGCAUUGGAGUCUGGCAUGAAAAAUGCAGUUGGAUGCAUUCUUGACUUGGCCUGUGUCAUUCCCACUAGUGCUUAGAGGUUGGUGUGCUGUUGACAUUUGUGCCAACUCUGUAGCACCCAUGACUUCCUUCCAACAUAUUCUGUGUUUUGUUUUAUUUUUUUCCACAGAAUUGCUAAUGGCUUUCUAACUAAUUUCUUAAAUAAAGUUUUUUCCCUCCCUUUGGGAGGUUGGAGGCGCUUUGUUUUGAAUGAAAUGGUGUCUUAACUUCGCCAUGCCAGCAUUUUGAUUCUUUCAGUAUGUUUUGUGCUUUUCCUCUUUAGCUUCUCCAAUAAGCAGAGGGGAGAGCACCACAUUAUACAGUUUCAACUGGCAUCUUAACAGCAUGGAGGCCUAGCAAACUGAGCAGCUGACAAAUGUUCAUUCCCCUUGCGUCUCUUUGUGAAUAAAUUUUGCUGGAAAAAGCUGGAUGCAGCAAGUAACCUAGAAGGAAAGAAGCACUAAAUAGUGAUGUAAACUUGAAGAGCAGUUUGUCGCCUGCUCAGCUGUUCAGUUUGUAAGAUUCGUGGCUCAGCCUGGGCAGAGUGGGAAUACCUGCGGUGCCUGACUUCAGUUCUAACAUAUCUUAUUUGUAGCUUUGAUACAAAUAACAGGAUAGAAACUGGCAGGUUUUCUCUUUUCUGGGGCUUCCCCUCCUUUUAAAUGCUAAAUCUUGUCCUAUUUCUAAAAACAGGUCUUUCAAUUUGCAAAAUUAAUUCGCAAACUUCCAAGAGCAGCUUUUAUUUGGAUAUAAAUAAAAUUAUUAGCAAAGGUCUUCAUGAUUUACAAAAGAGCAAAUGUUUCUCUUCCUGACCUCCUUGUAAUUUGAGCAUAUUUUUGAGAAUAAGAACCAUUUGUUUAACACUAACUUUCUUUAAGACAUGCACUGUGUGGUUGUAUUGUAAACCAAAUCCACCCAAUAAUCUCUCUUCCGCUUUAAGUAAGGAAGAACCAAGAUUUUAAGAGCAAAAAACAAGACUUCUCCAUGCAAGGCUCACUCAGUCGAUCCAUUUGAUUUUUAAAUGUGUAAAGAGAAAUUUCCAAACACUUAACACAUUCUGCUUCAUGACAAAGUAAAUUUAUGGAUAUGGUAUUUUGUGAAUGAUCUUUUAAAUAAAGAAAACAUUAAGUAAUAUUUAA